UUGAGACAACUUUGUUUUGGUUUCAAUGUAAAUAAACUAUGAUCGGUUACAGUCGUAGAAAAAAAGUAGCGUAAAAAUGUAAAAUAUAUUUCUACACCACGAUAUCAAGUGAAUCAAAUUGUUAUACCACAAAAAAUAUAAGAAAAUUUACAAUUUAUCAAUUUCCAUGUGUUAAAUAAAGAAAGAAGUACAAUGAUCUUUGUUCACAUAUUACUACUAAGCCUCUUUACGGCGUGUAUCCCCCCAUCGUUUUGGGUGGGAGCAAUGGAAACACCGACACACCGAACGUUAAGAGAGCUUAACAGAGAACAAUCGAUGCCACAAUGGCAUGUUAAAUUUAAUCCAUCCAACAUAACUGCUCAUAUGAAAACUGUUGUUAACAUAGCAGUUGAAAUAAGGGAUAUUGAAGUGACAGAUUUGAAGGAUAUAUCAUUUCAAUUUUUUGCUGACAAUGAACGUUUGGCUGUGGUCAAAAAAGAGAUUUCGGGGUCAGAAAUUGAUGUAAAUUCUCGAAGCUGGAGCGGAUAUAUAACUGUUGAUUUGAAAUUGUUGGGGUUUACAAAAAUCUAUGUUAAAAUGUUGAAUCACAAAAGGAAUACAGCGGAAUUAAGUAAUGAAUCCCUGCCAUUGACAAUUGUGAGGAAAGCCCGACUAAUAGAUCACAUAUUUACUGGAUCUGUGGCAUUAUUGGUAUCAUUACUUUACAUUAACUUUGGAGCUGCAAUGGACUUAAAGGUCUUAAGGAAAUUGCUCAUAAAACCCGUGGGACCCCUAAUUGGUUUUGUUACACAAUUUAUACUUAUGCCUCUAUCUAGCUAUGUAAUUGCAGUUUUUCUAUUCCCCAAUAGUAUUGAAAUGCAGUUGGGUCUAUUUUUCACCGGAGUUUCACCCAGUGGUGGAGCAUCCAAUAUGUGGACUGUCAUCUUGGGUGGAAAUAUUAAUUUGUCACUCCUUAUGACAAGCAUAAGUAAUGUAGCUGCAUUUGCUAUGAUACCCCUCUGGAUAUUCUCAUUGGGUCGGAUAAUUUUUUCACGAGGUAAUAUGACAAUACCCUAUAACAAAAUAGCCACAUUUGCAGUGGCUCUCGUAAUACCGCUAGCCUUGGGAGUGGCAAUACAAAAAUACUCACCCAAAUGGAGCAAGGUUUUGAUACGUCUUCUGGAACCGAUUUCCAAAUGUCUUAUACUAUUUAUAAUCAUAUUUGCAAUGGUGACCAAUUUUUAUCUAUUCGAAUUGUUUUCGUGGAGGAUUGUUUUGGCUGGUGCACUGCUACCUUGGUUGGGUUACUGUUUGGCCUGGUAUUUUGCACGCAGCCUUAAACAAGAAAAUGCCGAUGCCCUUACCAUUGCCAUUGAGACGGGCAUACAAAAUACGGGAAUUGCAAUAUUUCUUCUUCGUAGCCUACCACAACCUCAGGCUGAUUUAACCACAGUGGUACCCGUAUCGGUGGCAAUAAUGACACCAUUUCCUUUACUGGGAUUAUAUUUUUACAGAAAGUACAAGGGGAAAAAGCCUAUAAAGUACAGUACAUUAAAUGAAUCUGAUGAACACAUACGAACUUUAUAAAGUAAAAAUAAUGCAAAAUUACAAAAAAAAAAACUUAAAAAGCAUCAAACAGU